GCAUUGUAUCCCAACAGAGAGGAAAAACAGAGGGAAUAAUGACCAAGGCGUUUCAGAGUAUGAUGGACACUUGGUUGAGGGAGAGGAAGAACAACAGUUCGUCAAGUGGACAAUCAAAUGUUUUGCUGAGCCCCAGUGAAGAUACUGAAAUUUACUUUAAGUACAUUAAGGCUGCUGUCAAGGCUGGAAAAAUUGAGGAGGUUGAACGCACGACAAGAGAAUCCAACUUCUAUGACCCUGAGAAGACAAAGAACUUCUUGAUGAAAGCAAAGCUUUGCAAUGCACGACCAAUUAUGAAUGUAUGCGAUCGUUUUGGAUUUGUUCCAGAUCUGACCCACCACCUUUAUUCAAACAAUAUGCUCAGCUACAUUGAAUGUUAUGUUCAAAAGGUAUGAUUUCUGUCAAGGGUCUUAGAUAGCAUUUUUGUCACUUGAAAUGAAGAACUCUUGCAAA